GUCUGCGUCAAGCUGCCACAAGUUUUCAUCGAGGUUAAUUGGUUAAAUUUGCGUUUCGGUUUUUGUGACUUUCUAACCGCAUCAGGCAGGCUUGCCUACAUUACUCUUUUUUUCGAUUUUCAAACAGUUUUUUUUGGUACGAGUAGGGAUCCGCAAGUGAAGAUCGCUUGGUGAUUAAAAGUGUCACACUGGUUGACCAGGAACCUGAGCGUGUACUGUUUUAACCAUGGCAGUCAAUGGGGACGUCAGCGAAAUCGCUGUGGAGAAUCCAUGGAAGGAUAAAUUAUCCGCUCUCACUAAGGAACUUGACGAGGACACGAAUAAGAAUGUGACACUAAUUACGCGGAAUCUACAGGAAGUCCUGGGGGCGGACGCCCUGGUAGAUGUCCUCCAUAAAGAGAAACGCCAUCUGACGGUGUACUGGGGAACGGCAACAACGGGUCGGCCGCAUAUUGCUUAUUUUGUGCCCAUGAUGAAGAUUGCGGAUUUCCUCAAAGCGGGCUGCGAAGUGACAAUCCUGCUGGCUGAUCUCCAUGCAUAUCUGGAUAAUAUGAAAGCCCCGUGGAAUCUGCUCAGGCACAGGACGAACUAUUAUGAACGAAUUAUCAAAGCUAUGCUGCGCUCCAUCCGUGUACCUCUUGAGAAGCUUAACUUUCGAAGAGGGUCGGAGUAUCAGCUUGAACGCGAGUACACGUUGGAUGUUUACCGUAUGUCAAGCAUGGUCACCGAGCAUGACGCGAAGAAGGCCGGCGCUGAGGUUGUCAAACAAGUGGCCAACUCCCUGCUGUCCGGGCUACUGUACCCUGGAUUGCAAGCCUUGGAUGAGGAGUAUCUCAAGGUGGAUGCACAAUUCGGCGGCGUGGAUCAGCGCAAAAUCUUCACCUUCGCCGAGAAGUACUUGCCGCAGUUGGGCUAUAAAAAGCGUAUACAUUUAAUGAAUCCCAUGGUUCCGGGUUUAACCGGUGCCAAAAUGAGUUCAUCUGAGGAGGACAGCAAAAUUGAUUUGCUCGAUUCGGAAGCCGAUGUGAAAAAGAAAUUGAAGAAGGCAUUCUGUGAACCAGGCAAUGCGGAAGGCAACGGCGUCCUGGCCUUUUGUAAGCAAGUGGUGUUUCCUCUCACGCAAGAGACUUUCGGUGAAACAGCUGUCGUGGUGGAACGUCGACCACAGGAUGGGGGACCGAUAAGCUAUGCCACCUUCGAAGAUUUAGAAAAAGAUUUUAUGGAAUUAAAACUGCAUCCUGCCGAUCUGAAAGGCGCCGUGGCGGUCUUCGUUAACCGCCUUCUGAAACCCAUCCGCGAGGAGUUUGAAGAUCCCGAACUGAAGAAACUAACACAGGAGGCCUACCCACCACCGCCUAGUAAAACCACGCCCACUAAGAACGUGGCAGCGCCCAAACCCAAAAACGGGCAUGUGCCCAGCGGUGAUGGGACUGUCGAGAAGAAGAAACAGACCAAGAAACAUCCCAAAGUGAAUGGGAAUGUAAAAGAGAACGGAGAAAAUGGAGUUGAAGGGCAGGGCGAUCAGGCGGAGACUGCGACAACAACGACUUAGUUAGUGCGUAUUUUUCGUGUGGGUCAUACAAUUUGGCUAGUCGGCUGAAAUAUUUUUUGCUUCCGCUCGCAUUGAUGUUUUUCCAAUUUUCCGCUAAUGCAUGAAUUUUGUACCGUUAAACAGCGAAACGUAGUCGUUUGUACCAGCUUUCGCAUCGUAUGAACGAAAUGAAGAUUAUUUAGUUCAAAAGAUUAUUGAGCAAAGAAGUGUUGCUUUUUUCAACAAGCAGGCAAGUGGAUUUUAUGGUUUG